CUAAGGAUCUUAAGGCAUGAUGAAGAACCUCAGCAUUGCUACCAUAGUUACAAGUCUUGUCUUCACUGGAAUAAUGGCAGAGCCAUCAAGAGAAAGCAGCAUUUUCUCCAAUUCUGAGGACCAAUGGAAUGAGUAUCUUCUGACAAAUUGUUCUUUUACUGGAGAACAUUUUCCACCUCCUGAUGAAUCAGAGAUAGUAGCCACAGUGGAUGUGAGCUUCCAUUUCCUUAAAGUUCUCUUCCACUCUCCUACAAAACAAGGACAGGAAAUAGAGCAUUUGGACCCCAGUUAUGAUAUCAUAUGGAAAAUAAUCUCAUGCCCUCUUGAGCAUGUACAUGCUUUGGAAAUAUUAAACCUCAGUGACAGUGUAAUCCACUCUAUCUCAUUGGAUCUGCCGGGACCUCACUCCUCACAGCUGAGACUACAUAGAAGCAGCCUUCUACAUGAGCUUCCAUUUCUAAAGGUGCUCAUUCUUCAAAGAAAUAAGCUCAGAGAUAUACCCACAGGUCUGUGGAAACUGAAGUCAUUGCAGAGUUUGGAUCUGUCCUUCAAUGGAAUACUGCAAGUUGGGGUUUCUGAUUUUCAUAGCUGCCUGCAACUGGAGCACAUCUAUUUAAAGAGUAACAAGAUAUUCAAAAUCCACCCAGAAGCCUUCAAGGACCUCAAAAAAUUAAAGGUGGUAGACCUCAGCAACAAUGCUCUGACCACCAUCCUACCAGUGAUGAUCAUUGCUCUAGAAUUUCCCCAUCUGGAGGUCAACGUGGCUGAUAACAAAUGGCAGUGUGAUGAUAGCUUCACAGUCUUCCAAAGCUGCAUUUCUGAAUCUUGGAGGAAAACAUGGGAUGUAAUUUGCAACAAGUCUAUAGGCAAUGAGGACUCAUAUUCAGAGAUUCCCAAAAGCAGAACAUCCAGGGAGAUACACCUUUCUCACACAAAUCAAAAUCCUGUGAAAAGCCUCAUAAGGAGCAAAGCAGAGAGGCCUGGGGAAGGAAUGUAUCUGCGCGUUUCCCCUCUGAUGAAGGAUGCACCUGUGGACUCUGAUCUGCGGGAGAAGCAGACACUGUGGCCAAGAGGGAUCAGAAACACCUGGAAUGUGCGGGCCACUGGCGAAGAGGAUAAUGACAAUGCCCCAGACCUUGCCCUGGCUGUCUGUCUCUCAGUGUUCAUCACAUUUAUCUUAGCUUUCUGCUUGGGGUUUUUCAUCAGGCCCUAUAUUGACAGACUGUGGACACAAAGAUGCACUAAAAGUCCUAGCUCCAACAACACCUACUCAAAUGAGGGAUUCUAUGAUGAAAUUGAAGCUUCAAGCAGCACACAGCACCCAAGGAAAGAUCUGCACCCAGCUUUCCAUCAGAACCUCUAUAAGAAUCAGAACCCUUCCCAGGUGACACUGCCAACCUCACACACUACUAUCAUUCCUGAUGGGAUUCUGGGAAAUGGCAGAAAAGACCCUGGAAGAUGGCAGAGCGCAGAACAAUGUGGGAACAAGGCAGGAAGUAGAAAUGUCAGUAUGCUUCCAAAUGGCCAGGCAGACCUUUCCCCUCUCUGCAGGCAUCCAAAGAUUGAUCAUCACCAACUGAUUUCCUCAGCACAGGAUCACAUUUAUAGGAAUGAUAUGAUCUGGGAAUCAGAUUAUGACACUGUGGCCCAGGAAUAUUCUCCUCCUGGGCAUUCAGUGAGUGUAUCUCCCAUGGCUGGCACAUUUGGAACUGUCUCUGGCACAAUCCAUCACAACUUAAAAGAAUUAGACCUAUCACACCUAAGAAAAGUAGCAGAUUCUCCCUCCAGAAUAGAAACAAAUGCAAGGACACAGGGAUCUGGAGAGAGUAAAAGAAGGUGUCUUGAACAGCUGUCUGUGGAGACCACUGGCCCACACAUGGAAUGUUCUAAGGAAAUACAGGUGAACAAUUUUAUCAGCUUGCCUUACACACAGCAUCCAGGACUCCUUGGGGCCAACAAUGAGAAAGAACUCCCAGACUUCUGCAGUGCAGAUAUAUACAGUGUCCCAGAAAAUGGAGAACCAUCCACCCUUCUGCCAAGAUGGCGCAGUGGCCUGCAGGACAUUCCUGCUCCUGAUGAGCCAGUGCAAAAAGAUGUCCCUUUUGGCCUUCAGUAUGGCUUGGAAUCUGACUACGAUUCAGAUGAAGGGUCUUUGUUUACUCUCAGUUCAGAGGGCUCAGAGGAUACAAGGAGUGUGACUAAAGAAGAGGCACAUGGUGAGGGCAGUGGUGGGGCCGGCCAGCCUCUGCAGAUCGAGGACUCAGAGGAACACAAGGACAAUGUGACUUCAGUGGAACAUCCCGAAGACAACAUCACCUUCCAAAAGAUUCUGGAGAAGUAUGAAACGGAGGAAGACCGCUUUGGAAAGCCUCCGAUUUCUAGGGCAGACUCUGGUUUGUGUGAAACACAUCUGCAAAGUGCCUCUAACAUCAGUGUAUCUGAGGAUGCAUUGAUCUGGCCCAGGACACUGGACAACCCACCUCUAAGUGAUGAGACUGCUGUGUUUGUUUGUGAUUAUGACAGAGUUCUUCAGCCUGGAGCAGUGGAAUGGCAAUGCUCACUUAGAGACCUGCAGUUUUCAAAUGUGGACAGUUUACCACCGACACCACCACCUUCUACUGAUGAUCUCAAGGAGCCUGCUAUGGAAAGGACUUAAGACAUUUCAAGGAACAGACAAAAGAUACUCCUUCAAGGUCAGAGCAGGAGAAGACUUUAAGACCUCCACAGCAAGAUUCUCAAGGGAGUGACCUAGGUCCCAACCAGAUAGACACUGAUAUAAAUGAGGUGUCUAUAUGUUCACCAGAGGACUAUGAUUCUAGAAAGUGUUACAGUCUCUGGUGAUGAGCAAGCCCUCGGUAAAAAAGGGACAAUAUUUUGAAGAUAGUUUUGAGAACUAAAUGCUAUUAUUAUUAUAAGAGUUUCCAGAUAAACACAGUUCAUUAAGAACACAGAACAAUUCCAGCCAAAUAGAGCAGGUUGAAUAUUCAGGGGGAGAAUCUGUUACAAGUAGAAAGAAAAGGAUUCUAACUUUCAUGCUCAAACACAGAUCCAGAGAUGGGAUGGGAGAUGAAUGCAAGUGUCUGUUAAGAGCAACUCCACUGUGACAAAAGACAGGGACAUUCAACUUGAGAACCAAAGAACGUCUUGGUAAUCAUUGGAGCACUUAUUUGUGAAUGCUGAACAGAAACAAAUUCUUCGCGAAGAUUACAAUGUUUUGGGAGAUCAAUUAUGACACUACAAAAUUAAGAUCAAUUCUAAGUAUUUUUAAUAAUUUAUGUUAAAAGAGUGGCCAGUUUCUAGAACAAAAUGUAGAUUAAAAAAUCAGCCUUCAAGAGAAGAAAUGAUGCUUUCUGUAAAAGAUAAGGAUUUUCUGCCAUUAGCCUAAAACAAGCUCUUUUUUGGUAUAACUUUCAAGUAUGGCCUCUCAUGAACUGUUCUGCUUAUCUUUUACCUUUUCUGACAUUUUCUUCUUUUCCUUUCCCAACUCUCCUUCUGUGUAUGUUCACAUAAAGACAGUCUCCUCAAGAGUUUCUCUCCAGUCUUUCUUUACAACCACUUUGUCGGCACUGAGAAUGGCAAGGAAAUAAUACUGCCAACAAUGUUCUAACAAAUAUGGGCCCUGCUGCUUCUACAGCCAUACAGAUGGCCCAACCUCCCUCCCAAGUUCCAGAUUCAAAUCCUUAGCUCUAGUCACCCAAAUACACAUAGGUCAUUCAUCUUCUUUUUCCCCUGUCCCUUUCUUGGUCAAUACUAUUAAGACAUUUAUCCAAGAAAGUUGGUUAUAAGUUCUAACUGUGUUCUGAUUCCUUCUCUUUCAUUUCCUACCUCUGAGACAGAAUCCUCUGAGCACAGUGCAAUGGGAGUUCCUAGAUGCCUAUUCAGAGAAAUAAGCACAAAGGUAGGGAUAGGAGCUGGCCAAACUUUGUCAGAUCAGAGUUUGAGUAGAAAAUAAAGUGAUAGAAUCUGGAGAAAGAAUCUGUCAGUCUGCCUCAUUGCAUCAUUAGUCCUAAGGGAUCUAGCUCCUCUGUAACCCUUAACUUGGUAUACCAGUUCUCAAUCCUCAAAUAAGGCACACCUCUUGUCUAGUGCCUAGAUUAUUAUGAUCUUUAAUACUUUUCUUCACCUCAUAUAAGGUAAAUUCAUCACUCACUGUAAUUCGUCACUCACAAUAACUGUAUCCCAGCCUUCACUUGGUUCAACAUCUGCCCCAAAUGCUCUUGCCAAACAGCCCUUCAAUUAACUGACUAACUCCUACUAAGACCUCAGCUUCAUUGUCACUUUUGGACAAGUGGAAAUUUUGGAGCCUAGACUAAGUUCAAUAUUCUUAGUACAAACUCUCAUUGCAUAGCCUUACUCUUCACAUAGGAGAGUUCAUCUUGAGUUCAGUUAGCAUUUGUGUAGUUAUUAGCUUAGUGUUUGGCCCUUCUCUACUGAGAGCUCCAUGAAUCAAUAUAUCUCUUCCCUAAAGGCCUGGUAUUUAAUAGGUUCUUAACACAUGCAUUUGUUGAAUAAAUAGUGAAA